CUUGAAACUCAAUGACAAAACCAAAUAAAGACAUAUAAAUGCUUUUAACCUCAAAAACCUCCUUUAUUAAGGAAGCUUGUCUGGGGAAAAUAAAAGAAAAGGGCAAAGCAAUUCCCUUCCCUCUCAUCAUUACCGUUACAAUUUCUGCUCAUUCGAAUUUCAAAUUUCAAAAUUAUCUUCAUUCUUAUAACCUCACUCUCACUCUCAUUCUCUCUCUCCUCUCACUUCAACUCAAACUACACAGCAUUUCCCCAACAUUUUCCCUCCUCUCCAACAGCAACAAUCCAAACAACAAAAACAUUAAAAUCUCCAAAAACUCAAAACAAAACAAAAACAUAUAUUUUCUCUGUUCUGAAAAUGGGUGCUUCAUCAAACUGGCUAAAAUCCUUAAUUACUCAUAAAAAACCCAACCAAAAUGAUCAUCAAGAGAAAGUGGGAACAGGGAAGAGCAAAAAAAGAUGGUGGCUUUGGAAAAACCAAUCAAUUAAAGGACCAGGGGUGACUCAAUCAGAACCGUCUGAUUAUGCUGCAUCAAUUGCUGGUGGAGAUGCAAGAAUUAAUGCUGCCAUGGCUGCUGUUAUCCGUGCUCCUUCUAAGAAUUUCUUGUUUGUUCGUCAAGAAUGGGCCGCUAUUCGCAUCCAAACUGCUUUUCGUGCUUUUCUGCUUCAGGCUAUAGUUCGAGGUCGAUUGGUGAGGAAGCAGGCUGCAGUUACACUAAGGUGUAUGCAGGCACUUGUUAGAGCCCAAGGGCUUGUUAAGGCUCAACGUGUGAGGAUGGCUUUGGAAGGACGGGAUGAAUCCAGAUCACUCGAUAAUCUUCAACUUGAUCCUGUUAAAGAAGCUGAGGAACGAUGGUGUGACAGUAGAGGAAGCGCAGACGAAAUCAGGACAAAGCUGCAAUCAAGGCAAGAAGCAGCUAUCAAGAGAGAGAGGGCUAUUUCAUAUGCCGCCACUCAACAGCAAUUCAGAGGCAGCCCAAAUUUAAACCCUGGAAAGAACAAACCAUUUACCACUAAUCAGCCUCCGAAACUUGACAAGAACAGCUUUGGUUGGAGUUGGUUGGAUCGUUGGAUGGCUGGCAAACCAUGGGAAAGUAGAUUGAUGGAGGAAGUUCCAAGUGACCACCUUCCAUAUAUGUCACCACUCUCAAAGAAGCAAAAUAAAUUGAAAGUUGGUGAGUUGUCAACUAGUUCAGAAAAACUUGGAAGAAACGACUCAUCAGUGAGGAUUGUCAGAAGGCCUAACUUUGUAGGACAUACAACAAAUUCGAAGCUUCUGAUUGAAGAAACCUCAACUUCUACCUCAUCUUUGUCAGCUUCUAGAACACCAGCGUCAAGUAGUACGAGUAGAACAGACGAGAGUAGUAGCAGCAAACCCAGAUACAUGAGCCUUACAGCAUCUAACAAGGCCAAACAACAGAAUAGUUUUCAGAGGCGCCCAUUGCAGGAAAUUCAGAAUCAUCAUAUGUCUUGGACAAGAACAAGAUUCAGUGGGGAAGCUCGGACUAGUAUUGAUUCGGCCCCUAUCCCUCAUUCACUUCCUCUAUGUGGAGAUCUUUACCCGCCUUUUCAAAUGGAAAUACAUGAUUGGAGGUAUCGUUAAUUUUUGCAGAAAGAUGGUAACUACACUUUUGUGUUUUUUUGCUCUUCUGAUUCCAUUCAAGAGAGUUCAACAGCUUGUUGUUAUUUAAUCUUUGUGAUACCAAAAAACAAAUUGACUUCCAUUAUCAAAGAAUUGAUGGUGAAAAACAUAUAUAUGGUGAAAAUAUAUGAUACUCAAGUGUGUAUGCGCGCGUGUGACUAAAUUAAGUGUUACUUUUUUA